CAAUCUAGAGACAAUGAGAAGCUGUGUUCAUAUUUGCUGAGCUAGUUUGAUGGGAGCAUAAUCACGUGCGCACAAAGCCCCACGCCACACAAUUAAUUAUUCCAUCCUGCGUCAUUCCAUUCAAGUCCCCGCUACACUCAGCGAUCCGAGAUCACUGGUUCCAUGUUCAGCUUGAUUGAUACCGUCAGUGCACUUGAUUGUAUGCGAUAGCCGACAAUAAUGCCCAUUAAGCUGCUGAAGCACAAGUCGUACCAUGUCUACAAUCAAGCAAAUAUCGAGCGCGUCCGCCGCGACGAGGAGGAAGCGCGAGCGCGCGCAGAGAAGGAAGACGAGCAGUUGAGAGAGAAAGACCGUGCUUUCCGUCUAGAGCUGUUACGACGGAAGCAGCUCGGAGAAGACACAUCAGAAUUUGAAGAACUCUAUAGACUACAGACCAAUGAAGAAGAACGCGAUCGAGAUGACGAUGCUGCUGACAGCGCGGCAACUAAGGCUCCCACGCAGGCUACUUCGGAUAUCAAAGGCACCAAAAAGCGGAAGAUUCGUAAUCUUGAUGACGAAAUAUCCGAAGCCCAAAGGAUGCUUUCUGGAUCAGAGGCAGCAACCGCUAGUAUGAAUUUGACUUCUAAAGAUGGCCACAUCAACUUAUUCGAGAGUUUAGAAAAGAAGAGUCAGACUACGGAAGCAGGACGAGAGCAGCCGAAGCUGAGAAACAUGCGACUAGAUCAUUCUAAUAGUGAACUUGUGCCAUGGUACGCGACGCUGGACCCGCAGGCGUAUCUGCAGAGUUCAUUGUCAGAACAUGACAGGAGGCGGGCAGAGCGUGUACGCGAAAAGUCAAAGCAUUUGCACGAUCCGUUAGUCUCCGUACAGGGAUUUUUAAAACAAAAAGCGUUAGUAGAUAGUCAGCGAAAAGAACGGGAGGCCGAAGAACCAUGGCGCAAGAUCGACAGACAUUCCGCUGAUUAUUAUAUUCGAGGACCACCAGAGCGUGGACGCCAUGAGCAUCGGCGGCGGCGCCGGCACGACCGGAGCCGCAGUAGGAGCCGAAGUCGGAGCGAAGGCGAAGACGAUUUUGGUAAGGGUCAGAGGCAACGUGCGCCGGCUAGGACGGGGGAAGGAAAGACGGGUGGCCAAAUGAGCACAGAGUUGCAGAGGCUGGCGGAACAGCAGGAGCAGCGCGAGAGGCGUGAACGCGCCCGGGCAGAGGAGAUGCUACGGCGAGCAAGAUAAUCCACGAUUGUAAUUGUACGAUAUCAAUAGACGUUCGAGGUGUUCAAAGC